AUGACGGGGAAGGUUCCCACGUUCUCCCCUGGCUCUGCAGUGAGCUCUACACUGCCCGGCUACCUCGCACUCUGCCUGGCUCUGCAGGCUCCCAGGCUGGCCUCAGCGCAGUUCACAGUGACUGGACCUGAUCAUCCAAUUACAGCAGCUGUAGGCGGGGACGCCAUCCUGGCCUGCCACCUCUCCCCCAGGACGAGUGCUCAGGCCAUGGAGGUGAGAUGGUACCGAUCCCAGUUCUCUCCAGUUGUGCACCUGUACCGCGAUGGCCAGGAUCAGUAUGAGAAGCAGAUGCAGGAAUAUCAAGGCAGGACGGAGCUACUGAGAGACGACAUCGCCAAUGGAAGCGUUUCCCUGCGAAUAUGUGAUAUCCGGCCCUCGGAUGAGGGUUAUUACACCUGCUUUUUCGAGUCCCUUACCUUUUUUCAAGAAGCCUCAAUACUCCUGCAGGUGGCAGCUUUGGGCUCUGGCCCUGACAUCUCUGUGGAAGGACAUCAGGAUGGAGGGCUAUGGCUGGUAUGUCGAUCAUCCGGCUGGUAUCCACGGCCUGAGGCUCAGUGGAGAGACCAGCAGGGGAAGCUUUUACCAUCAGCCUUUGAAAAAAUAUCCCCAGAAGCUGGUGGCCUGUUUCAAACAAAAAUUGCCAUGGUUCUAAAAGAAGAGUCCAACCAGAAAGUGUCCUGCCACGUCAGGAACCCCCGUGACAACCGGGAGAGAGAGUCAGCGAUUUCCAUAGCAGCUCACUUCUUCCAAUGGGGCUCACCCUGGGUAGUGACCCUGGGAGUAAUCCUGGCUCUUUUCAUUGUCCUAGCCAGCUAUGGCUUCUGGAGGCAACACAGAGCAAAAGUGAUUCUGCAAAGUGAUCUGCAGAAGCAGAUGGCGGCACAUUGUGCAGAGAAAGACAAACUCCAGACUGAACUCAGGUGGAGAUGCGCUCAGCUUUAUGCAGUGGAUGUGACUCUGGAUCCAGACACGGCUCAUCCCCGGCUUGUCCUGUCUGAGGAUCGGAAACAUGUGAGUUAUGGAGACAUGCGCCAAGAUCUGCCCGACAUCCCUGAGAGAUUUGACCCAGUGCCCAUUGUCUUAGGAGUUGACAGGUUCACGGAUGGGAGGUAUUACUGGGAGGUGGAGGUGGGAGACAAGACAAGAUGGACGCUGGGGGUUUGUAAGGAGUCUGUGAGCAGGAAGGAAUGGCUCACCCCCUCACCCGAGAAUGGACACUGGACUGUGUGGCUGAGACAUGGAGAAUACGAGGCCUGCACCUGCCCUCUGAAGCACCUCACCGUGAGCACCAGGCCCAGCCGAGUGGGGGUUUUCCUGGACUACGAGGCGGGCAAGGUCUCAUUUUACAAUGUGACUGACAGGUCUCAUCUCUUCACCUUCACUGGUACCUUCUCGGAGACACUGCGCCCUUGUUUCUAUCCUGGUGUCACAGCUGAGGGUACAAACGCAGCUCCACUGACAAUCUGCCCAGUUCCAAUGCAGGCUGGUGUGUGAGGCAGAAGCCAAGAGAAGCAGGCGUGAGUGUGAGCCUGGCAGAACAAAGAUAUAGAUACAUCUAAUUCAUUUCUGCAUUAAUCAUUUUCUCACUGAAAUGUUAUUUUAGCUUUGUAUUAAGUCUUUUUACAUAGAAACUUUGCAUCUUGUAUACUUUGUACCCCCUUUGCUUAAUGGAUUGCCCUGUUGAGUGAAUGAGAUGUGAAUGGAUAAAGGGUAGAAUACAAGUACCUCAAGGCAGUUGCAAUGGUUGGAGAGGGGAUGAAAGCCAGAUCCAAGAACAAUAAGAACAAUGGGGCCUCUGAAGUGGGCCCACUGAAAGAAGACUGGACCUAUGGAGGCCUUAGGAGUCAGCAGCAAGUGCCUGCUUUGGGAAGCCCCCUCUUUGAAGGUGAACAGGGCAGUGUUCAGACACUUUUCCCCACGCCCUGCCCCAGAAGAAGGGGCCACAGAUGUCUAACUGCAUAUGCAGAAAAUGACUCUCACAGAUGAUGCAUAUGCAUGGACUGACUAACUGGUGGAGAUCUGCAGGAGAAGGAAGAUACUUUACAUUUAUAGUAUCUUGCAGAGAGAUCCAAGGUUUUCGUCUUGUCAA